CUUUUGUUUUUUUAUCCCAGGCUCCUUCAAGGCAAUCAAUGAUGAGGGGAUGCCUCUGUACCAGAAGCCAUUCAUGAAGGGCAAAAUGUACAUUCACUUCACAGUUGAAUUUCCUGAUACUCUGAACACUGAUCAGCUCAAGGCACUGGAGGGUAUCCUGCCGCCGAAACCGACAUCGCAGUUGACGAAUAUGGAGGUAGAUGAGUGUGAGGAAACCACACUGCAUGAUGUGAACAUAGAAGAGGAGAUGAAGAGAAAGCAGCAGGCAGCACAGGAAGCUUAUGAUGAAGAUGAGGAAAUGCAUGGUGGUCCGCAGAGGUUGCAAUGUGCUCAACAGUGAUGAUGAUGAAGAAGAAACAACAAAAUUUGAAGCUCAUCUCCAUA